AUGGCGUUAGGUCAGCAGAAGGACGUAACCUUGGUCUAUAAAGUGAUAGGACCAUUCAGCGUCGUUCGGAAAUGCAUUCACCGCCACACCGGGCAGAUUUUUGCCGUAAAAAUCGUCGAUGUGGCAAAAUUCACCUCCAGUCCUGGACUCAGUACUGCGGAUUUGAAACGAGAAGCUACAAUAUGCCAUAUGUUGAAACAUCCACAUAUUGUGGAACUGUUAGAAACUUACAGCUCUGAGGGCAUGUUAUACAUGGUAUUCGAAUAUAUGGACGGCUCUGAUUUGUGCUUCGAAGUUGUAAGACGAGCAACUGCUGGAUUUGUAUACAGUGAAGCAGUUGCAAGUCACUACAUGCGACAGAUCCUUGAAGCAUUGCGUUACUGCCAUGAGAAUGACAUUAUUCAUCGUGACCUGAAGCCGCAGUGCGCCCUCCUGGCUGGCAAGGAAAAUUCCGCCCCGGUGAAGCUGCGCGGUUUCGGCGUUGCUGUGCAACUCCCAACCUCGCAGUCUAAUGGCGUUGCAUGUUACACGACCGAGUAUCGGCAGUGUCUGAGCCCAAAGGGGCAGCUCUACUUGAAGGCCGACAGCGAGGGUCGUGUCGGAUGUCCGCACUUCAUGGCGCCGGAAGUGAUCCAACGGCGACAGUAUGGGAAACCCGGUGACGUCUGGUCAGCCGGAGUGCUGCUACAUGUCUUGCUGACUGGCACACUUCCGUUUGUCGGAUCUCGAGACAGGCUGCGGGAAGCGAUCUGUCGAGGGCGAGUGCAGAUGGAGACACCACUCUGGGAUCCCAUUAGUGAGCCGGCGAAAGACCUCAUACAGAGAAUGCUCACGACCGAUGUGAAUCAUAGGAUCACCAUUCAAGAGGUUCUCAACCACAAGUGGCUCAGAGAUCGUGAUAAGGGUGCAGCCCGUAUACAUUUAGGUGACACUAUAGAAGAGCUUAAGAAAUUCAAUGCGAGGCGAAAACUGAAGGACGCCGUAAAAGCAGCCGUCUGCUCGUCGAAAUGGCAUGCUCCGUAUUCAGAAGCUAAUGGCGACAAUUUCUCUGACGUCGGCGAUGACGAGAUAACUACAGGUGCUGUAGCCGAAGUUGUGGAUUGCUUGGAUGAUAUUGUAAUCCUUGAAGAAAGUGACAGACUAAUGCGGUCGGAAGUUCUUAAUGCUGUCGAUGAUCUUCGAAUUCGAGUUAUCUUAGAGCUUUAUGACAGAAUCUCAGGUCGUGUACCAGCACCUUAUCGAGCACCACAAACAGAUGCGGUUCAACGUGCUCGUGACGUCGAAGAGAUCCUUCGGGAAGCAGAGCAUUCGGCGGUGCGAAAUAUCGAUAAAGCCGAUCUUCGAGAACUUCACGAAUUAUUGGUCCAGCCACACAUGAGGGUAAGUACGUUGUAUUGA